CCUUUUUCCUCUUUGUCGGUGUUCGGCCCGAGCUCAGUGAGAAGGACGCUGAGAUUGAGAGCGGGUCCGGUCCCGGCCCCCACCCUAUCUUCGCUUGUCAUCAUGGGCCCUUACAACAGGACCCCCAUCAUCCGAUUGGCGUUCUUCCUUUCCUCUUUCUUUUCCUCGUACUGUGUUUUCGGGGAUGAGGCGGGAAAAUGCGAGCGGAUCACGAUCCCCAUGUGCCAGGAUAUGCCCUACAACCUCACCCGAAUGCCCAAUUACAUAGGACAUACCAACCAGGCCGAAGCCGCCAUUCAGGUGCACGAGUACAAACCACUGGUCGAAGUGGGAUGCAGCCGGCAUCUCCGAUUCUUUCUUUGCUCCCUUUAUGCCCCUAUGUGCACGCCCCAGGUCGACGUUCCUAUUCCCUCCUGCCAGAGCAUCUGCCGAGAGGUCCAGGAAGGAUGCCUCCCAGUGCUGCGGAAAUUCAACUUCGAAUGGCCGCAAAUGUUAAACUGUUCUCGUCUCCCGGUGCCAAACAAAGGGUUAUGCAUGGAAUUCCCAGAAUCUCCCCAGGGUAUGGCCCCAAAACCAGGUCAGACCCAAACAUCCAACACGUUGCUGGACUUCCCAGGGGAGAUGUGGAAGGCAUGGGGGGCAACGAGGUCCAAGUCCCCGCUGUUCCCCUUCCCAUCCCACGGAACUUGCCCCGAGAGACACGUGUACAUCGGGGACGUGGGAAGGGACGUUACCUGUGCUCCCGAAUGCGGAAUCGCCGUCCACUUCGCGCAGCGGGACAAGCGCUUCGCCGAGAUCUGGAUGACAGUCUGGGCUACGCUCUGCUUCCUGUCCAGCUUCUUCACCGUCGCUACCUUCUGGGUGGACAUGAGUCGGUUUCAGUACCCGGAAAGACCCAUCAUCUUUCUCUCUCUCUGCUACAAUCUUUAUGCCGGAGCCUUCCUCGUGCGCGCGUUCGCCGGCGCCAAAAGUGUGUCUUGCGAUCGGACCAACAGCGGACACGAAUAUCUGAUCGUGGAAGGAGUGGAAAACACAGGCUGCAUCGUCGUCUUUCUCAUCCUCUACUAUUUCGGGAUUGCGUCUUGCAUCUGGUGGGUUAUUCUCACCUUGACCUGGUUCCUGAGUGCGGGCAAGAAGUGGUCCAACGAGAGUGUCCAAGCCCUGUCCACCUACUUCCAUGUGGGAGCCUGGUUGACCCCGGCCGUUCUCGCGGUCAUCGUCCUGACCAUGAGGCAGGUGGACGCCGAUGAACUCACCGGGCUUUGUUACGUCGGUUACACGGACUCGGACGCUUUACUCGGAUUCGUCAUCGUUCCCCUCUGCGUCUUUUACGCGUUAGGUGUCCUCUUCAUUGCGUCCGGGUUCGUUGCCUUGCUCAGAAUCCGGAAUGUUAUGAAGAAGGGUGGAAGAAACAUCGCCAAAUUAGAGAAACUCAUGGUUAGGAUCCUGGUGUUUUCGGUGCUCUAUGCCGUGCCCGCAUUGUGCGUGAUCGUGUGUCACAUUUACGAGUGGAGUUAUCGAGACCGAUGGCGAACAAUCGGGUCUAACAUGUGCAGUGGGUCGGAUUGCACGAAACCUAGCAUGGAGAUCCUGAUGCUCAAAAUUUUCAUGAACCUGGUCGUGGGCGUGACAUCGGGGAUGUGGGUCUGGAGUUACAAGACCUGCCAAAGUUGGAUUUCUUGGGCGGGGAAACGGUGCAAAGACCCCAAAAACAAGCAUGCUCCAAGCCAAAGUCAGCUCAAACCUCUGGCGUACGGCCCCGUAUCCACCAACGUGUAAUACUCGGCAUCAGGCCUGUUAAAUAUCUGUGAUGUUCCUUUAUCUCACUGUUGAAAGCUCUACUUUCGCAGGCCGUGACUUGUGUUCGAGGGAUUUUCUUACCUUGCAAUAAAAGCAGAG